UUUUUUUUUCCUUUACUCUCUUGAUCACUCUCUUAUAAGAUGUCUUCUUAUUCUUCUUCUUACCAUCAUUCCUCUUCUGGAGGAGGCUAUUCAAGUAGUCGUGGAAAUUACCGUGAUAAUAGAGACGUCUCUCCUAGAAGAUCAAGCAGACCAUCUAGCAGCUAUGAUAAUCACUCUCGCGAUGAUCGUGGUUAUUCUUCAUACCGCUCUCAUCACGGUGAUAGCUCAAGCAGAAGCCACUCGCAUGGUUAUGGUCACAGUAGCAGCAGUAGUAACCAUCAUGGUGGCUACAGUGGUGGCCAUGGUGGUGGCAGCUAUGGCGGUGGCUACAACAACAACAACAAUAACAGUUAUGGUUCUGGUGGUUACGGCAACAAGUCUUAUGGUCAAUCAAGUAACAAUGAAUCUAAAGAAAUCCAAUGGGACUUGUCUACUUUACCUAAAUUUGAAAAGAACUUUUACACUGAACACCCUGAUGUAGCUCGUCGUACACCUGAAGAAGUAGAUGCUAUUCGUGCUGCUGCAGGCAUGAUUGUCACUGGUCACAAUGUCCCUAAGCCUCUCAAGACUUUCGAAGAAGCCAAUUACCCCUCUUAUGUGAUGGAUGAACUCAACAAGCUGGGCUUCUCUCAUCCUACGCCUAUUCAAUGUCAAGGUUGGCCUAUGGCCUUGAGUGGUUGUGAUGUUGUCGGUGUUGCUGAAACUGGUUCUGGUAAGACAUUAGCUUAUAUCUUGCCUGCUAUUCUUCAUAUCAAUGCUCAACCUCUUCUUCAACCUGGCGAUGGUCCUAUUGUGUUGGUAUUGGCUCCUACCCGUGAAUUGGCUGUUCAGAUUCGUGAAGAAUGUGUCAAAUUUGGCUCUACUUCUCGUAUCAAGAAUACAUGUCUGUAUGGUGGUACUCCCCGUGGUCCUCAAAUUCGUGAUUUAGCCAGAGGUGUUGAGAUCUGUAUUGCUACUCCUGGCCGUUUGAUUGAUAUGUUGGAUGGCGGAAAGACUAAUUUGAAGCGUGUUACUUAUUUGGUGCUUGAUGAAGCUGACCGUAUGCUUGAUAUGGGUUUUGAACCUCAAAUCAGAAAGAUUAUCAACCAAAUUCGUCCUGAUAGACAAACCUUGAUGUGGUCUGCUACUUGGCCCAAGACAGUAGAGCGUUUGGCUCAAUCUUAUCUCAAGGACUUUAUUCAAGUCACUGUAGGUUCUUUGUCCUUAAGUGCUUCCAACAAUGUCUCUCAGACUGUAGAAAUCUGUACUGAACCAGAAAAGCGUGGUAAAUUGAUUACUCAACUAGAACGCAUUAUGGAAAAUCCUGAGAAUGAACGCAAGACAAUUAUCUUCACUAGUACAAAGCGUACUGCUGAUGAUAUCACUCGUUUCUUAAGACAAGACGGUUUCCCUGCUCUUGCUAUCCAUGGUGAUAAACAACAGAAUGAACGUGAUUGGGUGUUGAAUCAAUUCCGUAGUGGUGGACAUCCUAUUAUGGUGGCUACUGAUGUUGCUUCUCGUGGUAUUGAUGUGAAGGAUGUAAAAUAUGUCAUUAACUAUGAUUUCCCUACAAAUAUUGAAGAUUAUGUGCAUCGUGUGGGUCGUACUGGUCGUGGUGGAAACACAGGUCACUCUUUUACUUUCUUUACUGCCGACAAUGCCCGCCAAGCCCGUGAAUUGGUUGAUAUUCUUAACCAAACCAAUCAAUAUGUUGAUCCUCGCCUUCAAAUGAUGGUACAGUCACGCGGCGGUGGCGGUGGCCGUGGAGGCGGUAGAGGAGGUUUCCGAGGUAGAGGCCGCGGGGGCUAUGGUGGUGGCCGCGGUGGUGGCGGCGGCGGUGGAUAUGGUGGCGGAGGCUACGGUGGAAGCAGAUGGUAAAAAAAAAAUAUAUACUAGUAAUAAUCAUAGAGUCUCUUUUUGUAAAUAAAUAAAAAAUAAACUCCUCCCCCCUGCUUA